AAACCGGCAACCUCAGUCCAGCGCCCUGGAGUGCCAGUGUCCGUGUCAAGUGAAGUUCUGUGUGACUGCAUGCGCAUAAGCAUUGUAGCUGCCAGAUUCUCAAGCACAUCGCUUCCUCGUACUAGGGGGGAAAUUACUACUGGAGACCCAUAAAAUGGCAGAGGUGAUGCCACCGGUGGUGCAGGCCCAGGUCGUCGAGUCGCAAAAGAUCUACCCGGGCCAGCCCGGCCAGGUCGCCGUGCCGGUUCGUGGCAAUGCGGCGGCAAGACGCCAGUACAUGGCGAACCGGCGCGGGGGGGACGGUAGUGGCCGCUUGCGCCAAGUACACUAUCUAAUCGCUUUCGGCAUUGCGGUACCCAUCAUCGUCCUCAUCGUCCUACUCGCGGUACUCCUCCCCCGCGAGGAGAGCGGCGGCAAAAGCGACGACGACAGCGGCCAGAGCCGCCACGAUGCCCCCGGUUACUGUACGGCGAGCGCCACGCAAUGCCUGCCCUUGUGGACCGACAACACGAUAAACGGCUGCAGCAGCCACCAGGAGUACUGUACGAAUUGCGACGACAGUUUUCACUGGUGCUGCACCACGAACAAUUGUGAGGGCGAGAACGAGGGUUGGUGUAGAUGCAACGCGGGCGCUCCGACGAAGCAGCCCGCCUCCGGCGAAUGCCUCACCGUGGACCGAACGUGCAUGGCCUCGUGGACCGACGCGACCUUCCCCGGAUGCGCCGCCACUCAGAACGCGUGCUCGGCGGACGCUUCCGGAAAUGCCUGCGACCAUACGGCGUCUGAGCCGUCGACGAUCCCGUGGUGCUGCCUCGACGCAGAAUGCGAGGGCGAGGGCAGCGGCUGGUGCUACUGCAAGCCCUGA